GCCUCCAGCCUCGAGCCUUUUUCACUUGAUAAAAAUUAAAUUCAGAUCAUCCAAAGACAUCAGCUUUUUUUUUCCCUCGACAGAAUGUCCUACGCUUACCUUUUCAAGUACAUCAUCAUCGGGGACACUGGAGUGGGGAAAUCAUGCCUUCUUCUUCAGUUCACCGACAAGCGGUUUCAGCCAGUGCAUGAUCUUACCAUUGGCGUUGAAUUUGGGGCCAGGAUGAUCACCAUCGACAACAAACCCAUUAAGCUCCAAAUCUGGGACACCGCAGGUCAAGAAUCCUUCAGAUCCAUUACCAGGUCCUACUAUAGAGGGGCUGCUGGUGCUUUGCUUGUCUACGAUAUUACCAGGAGGGAAACUUUUAAUCACUUGGCUAGCUGGUUGGAGGAUGCCAGGCAGCAUGCUAAUGCUAACAUGACCAUUAUGCUCAUUGGCAAUAAAUGUGACCUUGCUCAUAGAAGGGCUGUAACCACUGAGGAAGGCGAGCAAUUUGCCAAGGACCAUGGUUUGAUCUUCAUGGAGGCCUCUGCUAAAACUGCUCAGAAUGUCGAGGAGGCAUUUAUAAAAACUGCUGCAACCAUAUACAAAAAGAUUCAGGAUGGAGUUUUUGAUGUCUCAAAUGAGUCUUAUGGCAUAAAAGUUGGAUAUGGUGGAAUUCCGGGGCCAUCAGGAGGCCUAGAUGGUACUUCUUCUCAAGGUGGAGGCUGCUGCAAUUGAAAUUCGAGUUCUCAUUGUAGAAAAUGAAAUACAGCCUGUUUGUUUAACUUCAUUCUUAAUAGUUUUAGUUCCUUGUUUAAUUUUUAUAAUCCGUUUAUGCUGAAUAUUGUGACUGAUUUCUUAUACAUGUCCAUUCGGAGAGAAAUUUGUAUAAUCCUGCUAGAUGUGUUCUCCAUGUGGUUGUAAAUUUGAUAGCUAUUGUAGUUUCAUUGGUGGAUAACUAUGGUGAAGAGAAAUUGUAAACAUAUGGGGAGUUGAUUCUUCUUUUAAUGUUGUAUUAAUAUUUGAAUAUUAGUUGCAUAAAAGCUUGCCUUUGUCAGGCCUGUUUCAAAGAGUAAGUUGAUA